CGCAGCGGCCGGUACGGGCAAAUCGCCGUCGUGCCAGGGCCUAGCCUUGCGGGCUGGGAUGGCCUUUAAAUCUCUCGGGUAUGGGAGGUAUUCUUUCCCAAUUGCAUCCUAUACUCUGUAUUGGGCGGUAGGUUCUUCACUCUUGCACACACCUACGAUGGCGGUGGUUGUUCACUUCGAUGAUGCCGACAUAGCGGUACCAACUAGCACGUAUAAGCAAGCCAGCGCGUGUCUGGGGUGCUUUUACCCUGGAAAAUCAUACAGCUACCUCAUGGGGAGUUAGCCGCACCCUGGCGCGGAUAGGGAAGAACACUCGCUGAUCGGGAGACUGGUGGGGCUGCCACCGGCGUUGCAUACGAUCAAGACAACCCUCACCCGCGUCUGGCGGCCCGACGGCAAAUUCACCAUUUCUCCGUUGGAGUUGGGUCUGACCCACAUCAUUUUCUCCCCGCAAUCGGACCUGCGGAAGGUCGAAAAGGGGUCUCCAUGAAUUUUACCCAAGUACAUGCUUGUUGUACGCUCGUGGGUUCCUCCCUCGCCGGCAGUUGCAGCAUCGUUGCUUUGGGAACCGCUAGAGGUCCAGAUGUGGGGGGUGCCAUUCGAGUGCUUCACCGCUAAACUUGCACAACGGUUAGGGUCUGCGCUAGGGGAGACAACUACCCCAACCCUUCACCGCUCUGAUGUAUCUGGUGGACUCUACUUUAGAGCCGAACCGGUUCUUGAUUUGGCGGCUCCACUUCCAGUUGAGAUUGAGGUUGGACAUGUUACUGCGGGCAAAGGUAAUUUCAUUGUCAAGAUUAAGUAUGAACGAUUGCCUGUCUUUUGUUACUUCUGUGGAAUCAUAGGGCAUAUUGGCGCCAAUUGCCCGCGCAAGGCCGAUCUAGAGGAGGAUCCACCUCGCUAUGGGCGGUUCAUGGUGUCAGAGGAAUCGGGGCCUGAGAUUACAGAGGACAUGCUGUCGCGACGUAAGAAGCGAUUAACUUGGCUGCGGGCGAUGUCGCAAAAACCUCCGUCGUUCAGGCCGGCUGGCGGGUUUAAGACUCCGCGUCCUCAGGCUACUAGCGGGGUGUUGGUGGCGCAAAUGGGGGCUCGGUUGGGCUCCAACUGGGAGGAUACGCGUAGACCUCGGCCUGUCCAGGUAGGGGAGAGGAUGCAACUGUUAUCCUUGAAUGGUGAACCAUCUUUUGCGGCUGCUACACAUCUGGAAACCACUAAAGUGGAGGAAGGGAUGAUAGAUGAGGAUGUUGCCAUUUCCUCACCGCCUGCAGCGAAGAGGAUCAAGCAUAACGUUCCGGCUCUGGACACAAACUCAAGGGUGGAGGCAACCAGCCCCGACUGGUCCCACGGUAAUCCAUGAGUAUUCUCGCUUGGAAUUGUCGAGGAAUCGGCUCCUCCUUGACAAUUCCAACUCUUGGUGGAGCCACCGGUCGAUUUCACCCUCAUGUUAUCCUGCUCAGUGAAACCAGACGUGAUGAGGAGUAUGUGCAAGGCAGAUUGGCCACUUGGGGUAUCAUAACUGUCGAUGUCAUCAUUCUGCUAGUGGAAGGGGGAUUUGGCUGUAGCCUGGUCAUCUAGUACCUCAUGUACAGUGCAUUACCUUUCAGGAUUUCUUAGUGUUCUUGAAUGUACAGUUGUAGGUGUAGGGUCUUUUGCUUUAUUAUUUGUGCAUUUAUCUUGUGAUGUUGCUACCAGGCAGGAUCAACUUAAUGAAAUUGCAGCUUUUGUUUUGUCGUUCUCUAUCCCAGUGUUUGUGCUGGGUGACUUCAAUUGUCUCCUAUCUCUAACGGAAAAGCGUGGAGGUAACAUUCCCUCGGUUGAGGAAUUGGAUCAAUUAAAUAUGUUUGUUAAUGCAACAGGGCUGGUGGAUGUAGGCUACCAUGGAUCACCAUUCACAUGGUCUAAUAGGCGGUCAGCUUCGGCGCACAUCAUGGAAUGAUUAGAUCGGUGCCUGGGAUCUGUAUCUGCCCUUUCAUCCUGGCCUGAACUCAAGGUAAUCCACCUUACUGACUUGGGUUCUGAUCAUCGGAUGCUAUUGUUGCAGCUCUCAUCUCAAAACCAGCCCACCAAAACUCGUUUUCACUACGACGGGCGAUGAGAUACGAAUCACGAGGCGGUAGAGAUCAUCAGGCAGGCUUGGGGCAAAGUCGUACAUGGCACACUUCAAUUCCGUGCAUUCAACCAGCUGAAGUCCGUCCGACAUGAGCUGGUCGACUGGGCGCGUGUCGGUACAUCUAAUUCUGCCCGCUCGAUCCGCGAAUACAAACAGGCUAUUGAAGCAGCCCGGGAGGCCGAAAUGGUGGACUGGGAGCACAUUAAGCAACUGGAAAACCAAUUGUCCGAGGCAUAUAGACAGGAAGAGUUAUUUUGGCUGCAGAAAUCAAGAGUUGGCUGGCUACAAGGCGGGGACUCAAACACCCGGUUGUUCCAUUUGGCCGUCCUUCAGCGGCGGAGGAAUAAUCGGAUGGAGGGUCUCUGAGAUGACAUGGGCGUUCUUCAUCACUCAAUGGAUGAGAUGGCAGGUAUCUCAAUUCCAUACUUUCAAAUACUCUUUACAUCCAAUCACAUCGAUCCUACACCUUUUGUACAGAGUCUACGACUGCCUAGGAAAGUAACCUUUGACAUGAAUGCUUCUCUAACUGCACCAGUCACAUUAGACGAGAUUAAACUUGCAAUGUUUAGCAUUGGCCGGUUCCAGGCGCCGGGCUCUGAUUGAUUUUCUGCAGGAUUUUUCCAAGCUCAUUGGGACAUUAUUGGAAAGGAUAUUAGUGCAGCUGUGUUAUCGUUCUUUGCGUCAGGUCGGCUCCUGCAUAGCUUCAAUCACACGUGCAUCACCCUUCUCCCCAAAGUUCCCAAUGCAUACACGAUGAGGCAAUUACGGCCGAUCAGUUUAUGUCAGGUCUUUUACAAGAUUAUCGCGAAAAUACUUGCUUGUCGGCUUAGUCGUGUCAUGCCUGAUAUAGUAAGUCUGAAUCAAAAUGGUUUCGUGCG